AUUAAACUUAUACCUAAUAAGAAUAGGAAAAUACUAGAAGUUCUAUAUAGGCUACUCUAUAGUAUACUAAGAGAUAAACUUUUUAUACUAAGAAAGACGUUAUAUAAACUACUUAAGAAGGGGUUUUUUUAUAUAAGUAACUCUUCUAUAGUCUUAUCUAUACUAUUUAUAUAA